AUGUUCACUCCAAUCUUCAGACGGCAGCUCCUGCAAAGCAGUAAACAUGCCAGAUGCUUCAGCUCGACACGUGUAGUCGCCACUGCUGAUGUCAAGCAUCUUGGUGUUAUUGGAGCGGGGCAAAUGGGCUUGGGAAUAGCAUUGGUCGCUGCACAAAAAGCCGGAGUUCCAGUGACACUGGUAGAUACAAACCAAGCAUCAAUUGACAAAGGCCUCAAGUUUGCAGACAAACUUCUAGCCAAAGAUGUCUCUAAAGAGCGUAUCACCCAAGACCAAGCGGACAAGAUCCGAUCCCUUCUCUCUACAACUACGUCAAUGGACUCCCUCUCAUCCGUGGACUUCGUGAUUGAAGCCGUCCCCGAGAUUCCCUCCCUCAAAUUCUCUAUCUUCGAAUCCCUCGCGCAGAUCUGCCAACCACACACUAUCCUAGCUACAAACACCUCCUCCAUAUCAAUAACACGCAUUGCAGCGUCGACAACGAAGGACCCCACUGAUACCUCGGCCUCAUCCCGUGUAGUUUCCACACAUUUCAUGAACCCGGUGCCAAUCCAAAAGGGCGUCGAGAUCAUAACAGGUCUACAAACGAGUCAAGAAACCGUCGAUACCGCCAUUGCAUUCUGCAAGAAGAUGGGAAAGAUCCCCUCGCAAUCCGCUGAUUCACCCGGGUUCCUUGCAAAUAGAAUUUUGAUGCCGUACAUCAACGAGGCAAUCAUAUGCCUAGAGACUGGUGUGGGACGCCGGGAUGAUAUUGAUGCCAUCAUGAAAAACGGAACAAACGUGCCUAUGGGGCCUUUGCAGCUGGCAGAUUUCAUUGGCAUUGAUACAUGCCUGGCCAUUAUGAAAGUGCUGCACGAGGAAACCGGCGAUUCCAAAUAUAGACCUAGUGUUCUACUGGGGAAGAUGGUGGAUGCUGGCUGGUUGGGGAAGAAGAGUGGCAAGGGCUUUUAUGAUUAUUAG